CACAUAUACAGUACAUUUGAGUUUAACCUUUGGAAAUAGCAAAUUUAAUAAUGAUUUGGAAAGCAAAAUGAGAAAAUUAAAGCAAGCUUGCAAAGGGAAAUGUGCAAAAGCAUUAAAGUAAAACUCUUUUUCACACCAUUGAUGCUGUGUUUGUAACUGAAAUACAAAGAGCUCUAUUCUGGCCUCAUAGCUCUAAGUAGAAAAAAUAAAGUUGAAACUUAUGACAGUGACUUUUACAUUUUUUUAAAUAAAAUAUGCUUAUAUCUUUUAAUUUCAGCUCAGUAACUGUAUUUUCAUACAUUUCAAUAAAAUCAUAAAGCAAGUGAGAGGAACUGCUGGCAUCUUUACAUUUUAGUCUCAUCAGACUUUCCUUGAGUACUUAAGAAACCUGCUUGUUCUCACAGAUUGGAAGAAACAAUCCCAGCAGUGACAGGAAGGUGUGGACCAGUCUGCGAUUUCCUAAGAUCGUUGCAUGGGCUUGGUCACUUGAGUUCAAGCUGUACUUUUCAGGGUGUGUCUUGGAUCAUCGUUUCCACCAACUACGGUAUGCGGGAUGGGCCAAACGCACUCUGAUCUCUCGAGCAGCGCUGCCUCUUCAGCCAGAGCGAAGUGGAAAAACAAAGAAAAGGCUCGUGGACUUCGUCUCUGCACAUUUGGAAGCAAAUCGAAGCCACGGAGAGAGCAGGGGAACGGGAAUCCCGUCAAAAGUAAAGUCCUUUCCUGUUGUUUGGGGAGGGGAAAGCGAGACUCCGGGCACGGAGAAGCGGAUAUUGGAAACGCAGCCGCGGACCCAGCAAGGCACCGCGGACACAGAGCAGGGGAGCUGUCCCGAGACGAGAUUGUUUCGGCGGGCGUGGAGCACACAGGAACCCCGACUGUUUUUGAGACAUCAUCCGGGCUCAGUAAUCGUGUUGAAGUGAUCCAGCUCGCUGUGAACAGAGAGCCCGUGCCUGAUGCACCAGGCUCAGAAAAGCGGAGCCAACUUAUCAGCGAGGAGUUGAGAGAGGACAAUGCCUGGGAUGCACCAGCGAAGACCAUGGACGAGCAGCCGCUGAAGGAAAACAACCAGGAACACAUUGCGUUGAAGUCAGAGUCAUUUUCUGGGGCUAAUCUGAGUUUAACCCCGAUUCUCACCUCUGACCCGGACACUGAAAGGACUUUGCCCCCGGAUCAGCAUUUGGAAGGUGGGCUGUCGAUAACAGGCAGUGACAAUAAAAUGACUAAAACAGAAUAUAGCAGCCGCUCCUGUCCAACUAAAACGGGCGAUGAUCAAAACAACAGCCUUCCUACUGACACAAAGACGCAAAAGGACUCUGAGAUCCACCAGACUUCCACGGGAGGCCAUCGUUUUCCAGGAGUCAUACCAAAACUAGUCAUAACAAGUGUCUGCAAUUCGAGCUGGCCCCAGGAAACGGAGCCUGGCACCGGCUUGCUGCAGAACAGUCACGCGGGAGAGCAGUCUCCUUGCUCAGAUAGCGGCUGUGGAGGGUCCCCGGUCCAGACCCGCACCUCUCUCGCCUCCCUGUCCCCUCUGUCCUCUUUCGAUGAAUCCGAAGACCCCAGCGACCCCGACUCUCCAACCACGGUGAACCACUGGUGUACUUUGAAGAACGUGGUUCGUGUUGUCCCUUUAAAGAAGCCCUACAAGAUCUGGAAGCACUGGGUCCAGCUAGCUGGCCAUGAAGGUAUCUUCCACAAAAAAACGGACGGCAAUGUGUUGAAGCUUUACUCCGAGUCUGAGCACAGGUGUCUGCAGGAGCUGAUGGGGGAUGUUCUGCAGCCCUUUGUGCCUCAGUAUCUGGGUGUGGAGGAGCUGGACGGGAAGAAGUACAACCUAAUACAAGACCUGCUGACUGGCUUUGAUAACCCUUCCAUCAUGGACUGCAAAAUGGGCAGCAGAACGUACCUGGAAGAGGAGCUGACAAAAGCAAGGAGUAGUCCGUGUCUGCGGAAGGACAUGUUCGAAAAAAUGAUGAGUGUGGACCCCGAGGCCCCGACCUUGCAGGAGCGAGCUGAGCAGGGGGUCAUUAAACUCCGCUACAUGCAGUGGAGGGAGAGCCUGAGCUCCACCAAGAACCUGGGCUUCCGCAUCGAGGGCGUCAUGAAAUGUGACGGACAGCGUCGCAAGAACUUCAAAAAGACGAAGCAAAAGGAGGACGUGAUGAAGGUCUUGAAGUACUUCACCGGAGGCUGCAUUCCCAUUCUGAGAAUUUACCUGGAGCGAUUGGAGAAACUCCGUAGUGCCCUUGAGCAAUCACCAUUUUUCAGAAGGCAUGAGUGCGUGGGUACCUCUCUGCUGUUCGUGCACGAUGCCUCUGGAAGGGCGAGCGUGUGGAUGAUUGACUUUGGGAAGACGAUUCCCCUGCCGGACUUCGUGACCGUGGACCACAGGACUCCCUGGGCUGAGGGCAACAAGGAGGACGGCUACUUGUGGGGACUGGACAACCUCGUAAACAUCCUAGGUGACAUCCUCUCUAAGACGUCAUUAGAGGGAGAGAAAACUCAGACAAAUGACGAAAUGGAUUGUCAAGGAGAGAAUGCAGAACUUUACACAGACUGAGACCGGAUGAGUAUUUGAGGAGGUUUGGGGUUGUUUUAAAGAUCCCACCCAUAAUCCAAGUAUCCUAGGCCUGGUCUGCAUACACUACUACAGAUCAGAUUAUAAAAAAACUCACUAAAACCUCCGUUUGUGUGUGGAUGGGAGGUACAAACAGAUAAAAACGGUCUGUUUUUACAAAUAUCUAGAGUAGUGUGUACAGGGCCUUCAGCAUUUAGUACCAGCUGGAAUGAGUCGCUGUGUCCAGAACUUUGUCUGAUUGUAGGUGAAAGGGAGAAGAAACGCCAGACUUGUUUUUACGUGGAACACAGAAAAUCAUAUGCAUUAUCUGGAGCACAAACACACAGGACAUUUGUAUCUUUAACGUACGAGAGUCCUCUGAACCACUGGAUCUUUAAACAGUUGCAGUAACACUACUGUUCAUCCUGCUGCAGUGCCCGCUUGUGGCUGCUGUUGCACAUAGUUAGAUUGGGGUUUUAUUUUUUCAUGAAUCAUUUUUAUAUGAAAGCAUAUUUAACACUAACACUGGACGGACCAAGUGUGAGGUAACUUUGUGUGUAAGCGGGGUUUAAUUCAAUCUUUUUUGGGGGCGGGGGGGAUGUAAGUCAUCAUAGUCUGCUUGUAUAAUUUCUGUACCUACAGCAUUUUUAUAAUGCAGCCAUUUAAUCAUUUCAGUGCCAGGACUCAAAUCCAAAGAGUUCACCCAAGUAUGAACUGGUUGCAUCUAAGCCCAGGUUUGCCUUGACUGGAAAUCUAAGUCUUUAUUUUAUAUAAUAUAUAUUUUGCAUAAACGUCUUUGUUCUAAUGUUUAUUUAGCAGCUUAGAGCUGCUUCUUGAGAAUCUGCUGCACUGUUGAUCUUUAAAAAGCCAUAGAACAAAAUGAGCAGUGCCUCUGUGUGUCAAGUGUUUGCUUUUCAGUUCCCAUCGAUCACGUUUGAGUUUUUACAGUAAAACAGGCACAAGUCAUCAAAAUGCGAUUAAGCAUUUUAUUAAAAUGUAUUGUCUGUUAAGACUUAAGUUUUGCAUGAUUUUAAAACCAAAUAAUCUUGAUGUUUAAAUGAUUUGUAGCUAAAUGCAAGAAAAUGUCAUAAGUCACAUUUUAGAUAAACUGCAUAAUUGUGGGUCGGAUUUUAGUCUUUGUAACAAAAUCCCACACUCCCUAAAAAAAACAAAAGACAAAAAAAACCUGGUCUUCCAGAUGUUCAGCAGUGUCAGGCAGCUCUGUUGGACGGUGCACGGUGUUUAAAAGCAGGAUUUUAACAUUUUCAUCUCUUUAGUGUGAAUGUUUACAGCGUAUUUAGUUUGCCCACAAAUUCUCCUCAUAUUUGUAACGAGGCAAACCGUCAGGUUUUCACACCGGGUGCUGGUUUUAAAGCAAACUGGAUAUGAACCAUUUCUUCUAUUUUAUAGACAAAAUGAUUUUACAGCUGCCAAACAAACCAGUUGAAGUUGUUGGGUCACUUCUUUAUUUGUGAAAUGCAAUAAAAUAAAGAUGAAGACA